CAAUCACAAAGCAAAUUGUCCACUCGUUCCGGUAGAGACUCGUUCAGUGCUCAGAACUUUUAGUUUUUUUUUAAAUUUUAAAUUUUAUAUUAAAUAAAAAUCUCACAUUUUAAAAAUGUAUUCGAAAUUAUCAAUUGUGCUUUUCGCUGUUGUGUGUGCCACCGCUGUUGCCCUACCACAUCAGGAUAAUAGUGAUAAGGAUAUUAUCAAUGCCUUGAAUAAAAUCGAUAAUGAACCAUCGCUGCCAUUGUUCGGAGGAUUACGUAUCGAACGGGUAGAAAAUGGUCGUGCAUUUGGUGAAUCAAAUUCUGGUGAAACAUUCGAGGAUCGUGCCGAACGUUAUUUGGAAUCGCACGAAUUGAAUUUGGCCUUCCCCGGUGAAGAUGAUGAGAGCGAAGAUGAAUUCGCCGGACGUUCAGCUGAUGGUAAGGAGGGACGUACCAGGAAAGUGAGGAAAGUUUUGUUGCCACUUCUUUUGGCUUUGAAGCUCAAAAAAGCUGUUGUCUUCAAAGUUCUCUUCAUGAUCGUUAAAUUCAUUUCCCUCAAGGCUUUGGCUAUCAGUUUCUUGGCUCUCAUCUUCGCCGGUGCCACCUUCUUCAAGGAUCUUUUGGCUAAGAAGAAGGAUCAUGUUACCACCGCUUACAUCACCGGAAGUCCAUUAAACGCUGAAAUCGUACACUCUGACUGGAGCCGCAAUGGACAAGCUACUGCUCAAGAUCUAGCUUACAACCACUAUGGACUUACCCAGCCCUACUAAAUAAUUAAUUUAACCCCUUCUCCUUUGUAAAUUAAUAUUUAAGACCCUAGGAUGUAUCUAGUUAGACCAAAUUAUAAACAAAAUGGACUUUUGAGCAAAACGAAACGGCCGGCCAAUGGAACAAGGACAAUGAUGCGUACAUAUAAAUCGAUAGAACACAAAAACAAGUAAAAGAGAGAGAGCUCUAUAUAAGACGGAUGAUGUAAAUACAAUUCCGAAACAAACUUAAUUUAUUUUAUUUCAUAGUUAAAAUAUUUAAAAAACAAAAAUUGUUAUUUAUUUAAUUAUGAAAGAUAAAAAAAAGAAAAUAAUUCCACAUAAUCGUAAACAUUUUAAAAUUAAUUAAUUUAUAUCAACAUCAUGCAAAUUAUAUCAUUAAAUAUUUAUCAUUCAUUAUACUCAGGAUCAAAUAUGUUUAUGUGGAAGUUAAAAAAAAAAAACAAAGCAAUUGAAUAAAAAAGAAUUCAAAUAUUUAA